AUGGACUUAACAGCCACUGCCAUAGCCACCAACACAACCACCGCCGCUAUCAAAACCCCAGAAGUUGAAAGUGAAACCCCAACUCGGAUCCAAACCAGUAAGCCCUUAUACUUCUCCAACGGCGUCCUCAAGCGCCACCAACGCUUCCGCCACAACCCACCGUUGGUGGUCACUUAUAGAGAAUGUCUCAAGAACCACGCAGCCAGCUUGGGUGGUCACGCGGUGGACGGCUGUGGAGAAUUCAUGCCCUCUCCAACCGCCACCCCCACAGACCCCACCUCGCUAAAAUGCGCCGCCUGUGGCUGCCACCGCAACUUCCAUCGCCGUGACCCAGAAGAGGCUCUCACACCACCCAAUAUCCCCACCAUCGAGUACCAACCGCACCACCGCCACCAUCCUCCGCCACCACAACCUCCUCCACGUGGCAGCAGCCCAAACUCACCAUCCCCACCACCGAUCUCCUCUUCCUACUACCCUUCAGCUCCCCAUAUGCUCCUUGCACUCAGCGCCGGCUUAUCGGGUCCACCACUGGACAACAAUCAAACAAUUGCAAGCACGGCCGCCACUACAGGUGGUGUAAUUGCAAGCCCUAGUGCUCGGAAACGAUUCAGAACCAAAUUCACUCCAGAUCAGAAGGAAAAAAUGUUGGAAUUCGCGGAUAGACUCGGGUGGAAGAUGCAGAAGAGGGACGAGGACUUGAUCAAUGAAUUCUGCAGCGGAGUUGGUGUGGACAAAGGCGUGUUCAAGGUUUGGAUGCAUAACAAUAAGAACACUUUUGGCAAGAGAGAGAAUGCUACCAACAUCAACGACAACAAUGGUAAUGGUAAUGAUAUUGGUAUUGGUUUUGUUAGUACGAACAGUACUCUUGAAACCACCACCACCAAUGCAACCCACUACCACCACCAAAAUGAUGACAAGGACGACAACCACCAUCAAAACCUAAAUCCCCACCUCCACAGCAGUGACAGUGUUAGUGCUCAUGUUGUUCCUACUAAUGGGUCUUCUUCUUCUUCUUGA